UUUUUAUUUAAAAACUCUUAUCAAGCUGAAGUCAAAAUUGUGGUUACAGAGAUGGGAACCAUAGACUUUGGUGGUGCUGCUUCAGGUGAAGCUUCGAUUGCUGAUCUCAGCGGUCAGGUUCACCAGGUUCCUUGCUGCAUUAGAUUCGACGGUCCUGCUCAAGUUUCCAACUAUUUCAAGCCUAAGUCCAGUGAGGUUGAAGUUGAUGGAGUGAGAACGGAAGAAGCUUAUUUCAGAGGAAGGAAGUUGCAGGGAGCAACUAUCUCAAUGCCUAGUGGCUACUCUGGCUUUGUACUUGGACAAGCGAGUAAUAAGAACGCCAAUGGAAAGAGAAAGGCUUGUAGUGACGAAGAGGAGAAUCCGUGUUGGGAAGUGAAGGCCAAGUUCGAUAAAAUGACAUACUGGAAUCAUGAUACUCUUCCUUCAAAAGACGAUACUAUAUUGCGGUCUUUCCAUUGGUUCAACAUUGCAGAAGCGCUGCAUAAGCCAGUGACAGUUGAAGACCUGGUUGCAGUGACAGAUGGUGGAGGAAUGUGAUAAAAACAUCAAAUGUCAUUAACAGAUUUGGUUGUUGAAGAAAAGAUGUUGUGAAACAAGUAGCAGUAUGUAAUUUUAAGAGUCAAGUAGCAGUUUGUUUGAAGGAAACAUGAUUAGACUGAAACAGUUUCAUUAAAAUAAAAAUUUCUUUGGAAACCA